AUCGCAUCUGCAGGUGGAGCAGUUGGAGCUGGAAUUGCAGCUUUAGCAGCUGGAAUUGGAGUAGGUCAAAUCGGUAAAGGAGCUUUAGAAUCUAUCGCUCGUCAACCAGAAGUGGCUGGAGAAAUCCGUUCUAACAUGAUCCUUGCUGCUGCCCUUGUUGAGGGUGUUGCUCUUUUCGGAGUUAUCGCUGGUAUCUUAGCUAUCAAAUUUGCUUGGAAACCAAUUUUAGAAGCGUUGAACGAACGUGAAAGCAAUAUUGCAGAUAGCAUUGCUUCAGCAGAAAAAAUGAAAUCAGAAAUGGCUUCAAUGAAAUCUGAAAACGAAAACUUGUUAAACCAAGCUCGUGAAGAACGUUCUUUGUUAUUAAAAGAAGCUAAAGAAACUAAAGAUAAAAUCAUAAACGAAGCGAAAGAUCAAGCGAAAGAAGAAGCUAACAAAAUUAUGUUAGAAGCUCGUCAGCAAAUUGAAAUGCAAAAAAAUGCAGCAAUCGUUGAUGUAAAAAAUCAAAUUGGUUCU